GCCGCUCCGCCGCCCCUGCAGCGGCCGGCCGCACUGUCAACAUGGCUGCAGUGGAUGUCAUUGUGGGCAAGUUUGUGGCGUUUUGGAAGCUGCCCGAUGUCCGACUGAAAUUCCCUCUCCUGUUUCUGGUGAUUUCAGUCGCGGGCUCAGUCCUCAAACAGCUGGACGUCGUCCCGCAGACAUACUUCAGCAGCAGCAAAAAUGUCCUAAACGUGUAUUUUGUCAAGUUGUCCUGGGGCUGGACCCUGUUGCUGUUGACUCCCUUCCUCCUCCUGUCCAACUCCUCCUUCAGCAGGAGUGUGUCCUUCCUCUGCCGCCGGCUGCUCUCCCUGCUGGUGGCCACAGCCGUGUGGUACGUGUGCACCGAGACCUUCUUGUACAUAGAAGAUGUCACAGGUACGUGUGUUGACAGAGACGCCCUGGAGGCGGUCAGCGAGCAGUACACAUCCAAGGCCAGCUGCAGGAGGGCCGGCUUCGACUGGCACGGCUUCGACAUCUCGGGACACUCCUUCAUCCUGGCCUACUCUGCUCUCUUCAUCAUGGAGGAGACGGCUCCCAUGGCCUUCCUGCAGACAGCCAGUCUGUCCACGCUGCCCAGAAUCGUGCUCAGUUGGCUGUACGUGGCUCUGAACGUGAUCGUGAUCAUUUGGAUAUGGAUGUUCGCCUGCACUUCAGUUUACUUCCAUGACCUGUUUGACAAGCUGCUGGGGACCUUGUGUGGGCUGCUGGGCUGGUAUCUGACAUAUCGGGUUUGGUAUCUAAACCCAUUGUCUCCUGGACUCCCUCCCCAGCAGCAGCCAAAAGAGCAGAAACAGCGUGCCUAAGUUGAAAACCUACUCACACAACAUUAUUUCCAUCCUCAAAACAGCAACAAAACAAUAAGUAGUGAUGCUGCUAUAAAAGGUGUCAUAAUCUUUAAAAAAAAAAAUCAACACAUCAUCACGCUUAAGUUAUAUAUUUCCAUUUCUAUGUCGACCACGCUAUUUAAAGUUUUUCCUUCCUUACUGAAAGGUCAUUUUGUACAGCGGGAUUGGCUUGCAGUCCCUCCAUGGUGGUUGGCAGCUGCUGUUCCCAAAAUGACUCUGUGUAAUCUGAGAUAAAAGCAAAGCAAUGCACUGCCGCUCAGCUUCAACCUCUCACCUUCGGCCAACCAGCUUCUCAUGCUGCGGUGUCGUCUGCUCAAUUGUUUUCUGCCUUACAAUGUUUGAUUUAUGAAGUCCUGUAAAUGGUGGGAGAUUAAGUCAUCCCUGUCUUUAGAUGUCUGAAUGGGAACACCUGAGAAUGUUUACACUUUCCGGUUGUAUGGCACUGAUGGCGUGUGUUGUGUUAACCUGUUUUGCCAGACCAGUGUAGUUCAAUAUUUUAUCGGAAAGAUAUUUUCACAACAAAGUCUGGUGUUGUAGCUGCACCAGAGCGACAUUUAACGCAGGUUUUGCAGUCCUGUAUCCAGGACUUUAAGGAUCAGUUCAUUUCCACUUGUACCUCAUUUUGAUUCUGAUCCAUAUUCCACUGAAUCUGUGUGGAGUUAAAGGAGCAGUUCGCCCAAAACCAAAAAUAAAAUAUUUUCCUGUUUAGUGUGAGUGCAGUCUGUCCAUCCAGGCAGUUUCCAGAGGUUUCCAGUCUGUUCCCUGGGGAUGGGUGUUCUUCUUCUGUGGAGCUCAAACUGCCAAAAAUGUGAAAAGCACACCAGCAACAGCUCUUUCCAAAAACUAUGACACAGAUACCUGGCAUCAUUCAAAACCCUCAGGGGCCAAGAGUUUCUCUGGGAACUGUUUUCCUACCAAAGGAUAUCAGAAAACUGUAUCUAUCUGCCCUUCAUUUGUCCUCCAUGGAAGAGCUGCAACAAUUAGUCAAAUAAUCAAUUAGCUGUAAUUCACUGAUUUUCAGAACUGGUUAAUCAAAUCGAGUCAUUUUCAAGCAGAAAAUGUCCAAAUUCACUGAUUCCAACUUCUCCGAUGUGAAUAUUUUCAGGUUUCUUUAGUCCCCUAUGACAGUAAACUAAAUAGCUUUCUUUGGCUUGUGGACUGUUGAUGGGAACAAAACAAAACAUUUAAGAACGUUUGUGGGAAUUUGUGAUCAACAUUUUUCACUAUUUUCUGACAUUUUAUGGACCAAACAACUAAUCGAUUAAUCAAUAAUGAAAUUAAUCAUUAGUUGCAACUCCUCUCUCCGGGGCCAGAUAGAUAAAGUAAAUUUUUGUUCAUUUGAGCUCCACAAAACAAAAUGCAUCCCGUCCCAGUGCUUCUGUGUGAGGGGAGACCCGGAAUCCUGCCUCCAUCCAAACCCUACAGAAACUUUCUGGAUGGAUAGAUCGCACUCACAGUAAAUGAAAUAUGUUCAGAUGGAUAGAUUGUAUUUUGGGCAAACAGUUUCUUUCUGUUUCUUUUAAGCUAACAUAGUUUAUAUCUUCUUAUAUCAUAGUUUUUAUCAGGAAUUCAACACUACCUGUCACGUGUGUUCACAGGACAAUGAGCCUGGUAAAAACUUGCAGAUAUUAAAAGUUAUUUUAAUGUGCCAUAGAUUAUUACUCUGAUAGUGGGCCGGCUCUACACGGUCGUGCAUUGGACUAUGUCUUGUUUUCUCUUUGAUGCAAGAGAAUAAUCCAGUUAAAAUUAUUUUGAUCAGAAAUGGUUGAUUUUUUUUCUUAGACUGUUAAAACUUGAACUAAGAGAAUACACGAUGAAAAGAAUAUUAGUAGCAAUGUUGGGAUAUGAGCUUACUGAAACCUUUUAAGCUUUUGUUUGCUGACAUUGAUUCAUGUGUAUUUUCGUUUAUAAGUGUGUCUUGGCAAAAUAAAAACUGUAAGAUCUCAA